UGUGGCCGACCUGCUGUUUGUCAGCAUGAUCCCACUGAUUGUGGCAUUGCGGUGGACUGAGUCCUGGAUGCUGGGGUUUCACAGUCUGUCACACUGGGCUGUAUAUCAUCUGUAUGAGCGGCUGUGCCACCAUCACCACCCUGGCCUCCAUCAGUGUGGAAAGGGUCCAGGCCAUCCUUCGGCUGCAAGCCGUGCCCACUUUAAACCGCAGAGUGGUGAUUGCCACCCUCUUCUUCACCUGGGUCUUUUCUGCACUCAACUCCGAACCCCUCAGUCUGUUCUUCACUGUGAUAGAAGUGGAUUUCCCUGAGCAGAAACAUGUACACAUUUGUACUCUCAGGUGGCCCGACACAACUGCAGAGAUUGUGUGGAACGUGGCCUUCACUGCCCUGUGCUUUCUUCUACCAGGAUUUAUAAUUGUAGUCAGUUACAGCAAAAUAUUACAGAUUGCCAAAAGAUGUAGACUAGGGCUCAGAGACAGACAGCCAGCAAUGUCUCUCAUAGAGACUCCCUUGAGUACCAUGUGUCCCGCCAGGAUAUGAAGCUCUUCCGUACCCUUCUGGUCCUUGUGCUCUCUUUCUUAAUCAUGUGGAGCCCUAUUUUCAUCGUCACCUUCCUCAUCCUGGCCAGGAACUUCCUGGAUCAUCUUGAGGUUUCUUCUACCAUGUUCUUCUGGGUGGUAACAUUCACACUGGCCAACUCAGCCCUCAAUCCCAUCCUUUACUCAGUCUGCCAGUUUAAGAAAGGCUGGCGCAGGUUCUGCUGUGACUCUGGUAUAGUACCACUGAGCAGUGGUCAAGUGCAAGGGAUACAUCCAUGAUUAUCGUGAUGGUUAUUUUAUUACAUUAAGGAUUUAAACUCACAUAAAGCAUUUGGCACAUGUUCCACACCUCAGGUGACAUUUGAUAUACCUCUCAUGUAACAUACAAUGCUCGCUCGUAAGUGAA